GGUGGGAGCGACUGCGCGCGUCUCCGAGUGGGAGAAAGUUCCCCUGUUCGCGUGAGCGAGUGCUAGCUGAGUCCGGCCCCUUGGCCAGGCUGGCCAACCCGGACUGGUACUCCCUCGAAGCGCGCGGGAGCGGAAAAGAGUUGCGGGCCAAGUAAACUUGGCUCCGCUGCUCGGACUUUGGGGAGCUGCGCUCGGAGGGCGCUGCGGCCGGGCUGGCUCCAGGACGGAUCCGAGUCGGUUGGGCCAGAGGCAGAGGCUGGCUGGAGGCGAGCGGGCGGGAGGGGGUCUGCGAUGCUGCUUCCGUGCGGCUCUGGCUUUCUGAGCUCACACGCUGCUUUGGUGGGCCCGGAGCCUCCAGAACGCGCCGGUACCCUGGUCUAGCUCAGAACUAAGCGCAGGGAGGGUGCAGCAGCGGGGAACGCGUCCGGGGCUCACCUACCGCUGGACGCGGGCCCUGGAAGCCACCGCCUGGCCAGCUUUGUUCGGCGCCGCGCGCCUUGGUACUCAGCCGGUGCUCGCCUGCAGCCUACCCGGGGCCCCAACGCCACCUCCGUGAUCCCAGUCUCUGUUGCUUGUCUCUGAUACCGCCAGCAGGCCGCCUCGGGUGACCCUCAGGCCGCGAGCCCCGCGGUGUCCCAGAGCGUUGACAAAUCCAAUCAUCCCUUUCGGAAGCAAGUGGGGAAGUAAAUGUCUCUUGGCCUUUCGUUAAUGGCCGACUAGGGAAUUGUGGGGAGCGAGCACAGCUGUUUCUUUUGGGGGCUAGUGCGUGUAUGCGGUAGGACCUCAGCACGUUUCUGGCGGAUUCCAAGUUUUCCCUUCGGCCUUUUCGUACUCUUUUGGACGUACUGAAAUCGGGCUCUGGAGCCACCUUCGCAGUUACUUUGCACUUACCUAGAACCAUCCAAAAGUGCAGAACGGUCGCUAUGGAAGUUAGACGCUGAAGAAGAUGCGAAUUUAGUAUAGUUGAACUUUGGCACCCUAAAGUUUAUGGCAUCCUGAAUCCAUGAACCCUGGGCGCCAGUUUUGGUCCGCCUUGCCAGGGUCUCCUCAGGGUACCAGCACGGAGGCCGAGGAGGGGCGGCCGCGUAUGACACAGAGCCCCCCCAGCUAGUUCGAGGUUGUAUAAUGUAUUCCUUAAAAGCCAACUUUUUAUGAUCAACCUAUUGUAAAUUGUUUAGAGGCAGAUACUAAAUAAUCUUUUAACUGUGAAAAUAAUACCAUCUUAAAAAAAAAAAAGAAAGAAAAAAAACCCCUCAAAACUCUAAUAGACGGAAUUUAAGUUUUUAACACACAGCGGUAAAGUUUGACAAAGCGUGCACGUCGCAGGAGAAAGUGAGAAAAUACCCAUAGCAGCCCUGGAAUGAAUUAAAUCAAAUGGGACUCGUUGGGUCUUUUUGUUGCUGUGAGGUGAGGGACCCGCAUCUCUGCAGCCAAGUCAGCCAAGAUUAGAACGGGCGAUAUGCUAAAAAGAAACGCUUGCAUAUGUUGGGUAGAUUAGGGACAAAGAAUCUUUUUGUCAUGGAAAUGGAUUUUUUUGUUUUGUUUACUUCUUCACAUAGAAUUUCUCACACUUGGGUUGUUUUGUAUUACCCUCAAUGACUACAUGAUCAAAUGAAUGGAUUUAUUUCUGCCGAAUGAGAAAGACAGUCUUUCCCUCAAAAGAACUACACUGCAUCCCAGUGAGGAAUUUUAAAGCUUCAUUAUUGCGGCUCCUGAAUAGCUCAAAAUCCGCUUUCACCGCCGCUCUAAAAUGCAACAGUGUAAAUACUUCUCCGCUUUGUAGGGUCGUUAUCAAAAUGCGCAAUGUCUCCUUUUAUUAAAGCAUAUUUUAAUUAAUAGAGCAAAACCUCGUGUAUUUAACAAUUAACAAGCCGAGGCACUGCUGUUCAUUUUUAAUUUCGCUUCAGAAAUGUGAGUGUGGUAAAGUUAAUCGUGUAAACAUGUCGGAGGAUAUAUAACCCCGACCGUGUUGAAAACCCCAGAUAGUCAAUUAUUUACGAGUUCUCCUUUGAAUUCUGCUCACUGCUCGAAUUUAUUUCGAGACUCCUCCAUAGCCAGGUUUUCUCUCCUUUCAGUCGCAGCAGUUUCUAUCCAGGCUGUGUUUUCCUACAGUCAUUCAGACUUCUGAGCCCGAGGUUGCCACAGUUCCUCAGCAUAUUUUGCAACAGGCCAAAAAUAGCCUGUCUGAGGCUGAGCUCGAGUAAAGCUGCGGGUGCUAUGGGGCUUUGAAGGAUAGUUCAGGCACACUGGUAAAAUAAGUUCUUUCUGGUUUAAUUGUUCUGAAGCAGAUUGUUCAUGGAGCAUAAAAGAUACUAUGUUGCCUAUGAAGUCAAGGAAUGCCCAGGCUGUCUUAAUUCUAACAUAACCAAGAGAAGUAGCGUUGUUAGUUUUUUUUUGUUUUUGUUUUUUUUUUUUUUUUUAAGGAUAAAUGGUUGGGAGAACUAAAUUACUCUAUUGUCAUUUCAAAUUCUUAAAUUGUUUUACAUGCAGAGGAGGCAAGCGAGUGCUGCGUGAAGUUACAAGUGAGCCCAGAGUACAGUGUGUUAGAAAUGAAGUCAAUGGUUCCUUUGUAUCAGUUUGGGUGUGACAUGUUAAUUAAAGCACCAGUUCCAUCUCUGCAGAGGAAUUGAAGACUUUUGUUAAUACCAUUCAGAACAGAUACCUAGAGAGAGAGAGACACAGAGAGAGAGAGAGAGAGAGAGAGAGAGAGAGAGAGAGAGAGAGAGAGAGAGAAUGAGAAUAGAGAAGGCCAAAGAUGCAUAGUCAUGUUGAUUUACAGUGGAAACCACAUAUUAUAAUGGUUUAUUUUUCAGGAUUUAGUUUUUAGAUAAGCAAUAAUAAUAAUUUUUUUUUUAAAAAAGCAGUAGCUUUGGUCCUCUCCACCUUUUAGACUGAAGGAAUGAAUGACAAAUCUGCAUGAAAGCAACCAAGGCUUCCUUAUGGAAAGUUCUGGAGUCACCCUGGGUUACAUUUUUAUUUUAAGUUGCUGAGACUCAAAUCCCCAAUAGAAACUGUUGUUUAAAAUUGUUUAUUCGUGAAUAUUUCCCAUUUUAGAAAUAGAUGUGAUUCAGCGCUGGGAUUCAGUUAGAUCUGUGCAACCAGUGAUGUUAUCCUCUGAGCCAGCUGAAGAUUUUUUUUUUGUUGUUGUUCUAAGAAAAACUAAUUAAAACUUGCAGUGACAGUGCCAUACUCAAGCCCGACCAAGAACUUUAAAGACAUUGCAACCGUGCGCCGGCAAAAGAAGGCAAGGCAGUUCCUAUGGAUGUGUUUCUCUGCCCUGGGAAAGUCUGUGUUUAAGGAAGAACAAAAGAAUGUUGUAAUUUAAAACAGUUCUGAGGAUGCAUCUUUUUGUGGUCACUAAUGACCUCAUGGUGUUUUUUAUUUUCUCUCAGCUUACAGUAUAUGGCUAUCUUGAAAUUUCUUUCAAAGGUGGUAAGCUUCUACCUAAGAGCUAACCAGUGGAAUUCACAGACUGCUUAAGUCCAGGGAGAGAAAGCCACCAGAGCCCAGUGAGGAGGUCUUUUUUUUCCUUUUAUCUGUAUAUACAGGGUUGGCCUCCCCCCUCCUCCCCGGGUACUCGCAUUUACAAUUCAGCAUACCAAAAGGGACAAUACAGAAGGCACUCUCUUACAUCCACUGGCAGAUUGUUUUCUCUGAAACCCAAAAGGCGUCCCGGGGGACGGUGCGGAGGACGCAGACAGCGGCAGCGAGAGCAGGAGCGGCAGCGAGGAAACCAGCGUGUGUGAGAAGUGCUGUGCAGAGUUCUUCAAGUGGGCGGACUUCCUGCAGCACAAGAAGACCUGCACCAAGAACCCACUGGUGCUGAUCGUGCACGACGAUGAGCCGGCGCCGCCCUCUGAGGACUUUCCAGAACCUUCUCCCGCCAGCUCGCCCAGUGACCGCACUGAGAGUGAGGUGGCUGAGGAGGUGGCGCCCACGGAGGGCAGCGAGGUGAAGGCUGCUACAAAGGAGGCGGAGCCCAUGGAUGUGGAGGUAUCUACGGACAAGGGCCCUCCAGGCCCAAGUGUACCCCCACCGCCGCCUGCACUGCCGCCACAGCCAGAGCCUGCGGCCUUCAGCAUGCCUAGUACCAAUGUGACCCUGGAGACGCUGCUCAGCACCAAGGUGGCCGUGGCACAGUUCUCACAGGGUGCACGUGCGGGCGGCACCACAGGCGCUGGUGGCAGCGUGGGCGCGGUGGCCAUCCCCAUGAUCCUGGAGCAGCUGGUGGCGCUGCAGCAGCAGCAGAUCCACCAACUUCAGCUCAUCGAGCAGAUCCGCAGCCAGGUGGCCCUGAUGAGCCGGCAGCCUGGGCCUCCAUUGAAGCCCUCAGCCAGUGCCCCUGGAACAGCCUCAGUACAGCUUCAGGGUCUGACUCCCCAUGCGGCCCUCCAGCUUUCUGCUGGCCCUGCCACUGCCUCUGCUGGCUCGGGCUCCACGCUGCCGGCAGCCUUCGAUGGCCCCCAGCACCUGUCACAGCCUGCAUCCGGCACAAGCACUCCCUGCAGCACCAGUGCUGCCCCCCCUGAUUCUGGGGCACACCCAGCCUGUAGCACUGGCCCAGCUCCAGGAGCCGUGGCCGCUGCAUCCAGCACUGUAGGCAACGCGGUGCAGCCCCAAAAUGCAUCCACGCCCCCUGCCCUGGGUCCUGGACCCCUCCUCAGCUCAGCCUCCAAUCUGCCAAACCCUCUGCUACCUCAGACUUCAUCCAGCAGUGUCAUCUUCCCCAACCCGCUGGUUAGCAUUGCUGCCACCGCCAAUGCCCUGGAUCCCCUGUCGGCUCUGAUGAAGCACCGCAAGGGCAAGCCCCCUAAUGUUUCAGUGUUCGAGCCCAAGGCCAGUGCCGAGGACCCUUUCUUUAAGCACAAGUGCAGGUUCUGUGCCAAGGUCUUCGGCAGUGACAGUGCGUUGCAGAUCCACCUACGAUCCCACACAGGGGAGCGGCCCUUCAAAUGUAACAUCUGCGGGAACCGCUUUUCCACCAAGGGCAACCUGAAGGUCCACUUUCAGAGGCACAAGGAGAAGUACCCCCACAUCCAGAUGAACCCCUACCCUGUCCCAGAAUACCUCGACAAUGUGCCCACCUGCUCUGGGAUCCCCUAUGGCAUGUCCCUGCCCCCAGAAAAGCCGGUGACCACCUGGCUGGACAGCAAGCCAGUGCUGCCCACUGUACCAACAUCAGUAGGGCUCCAGCUGCCCCCCACCGUCCCUGGCACCCACAACUACACUGACUCCCCUAGCAUCACUCCGGUCAGCCGCUCCCCACAGAGGCCCUCUCCAGCAUCCAGCGAAUGCACCUCUCUGUCCCCAGGCCUCAACAAUACUGAGUCUGGUAUCACAGUGAGGCCCGAGUCACCCCAGCCACUCCUGGGUGGGCCUUCGCUUACUAAAGCCGAGCCAGUCAGCCUGCCUUGCACAAGUACAAGGACAGGAGAUGCUCCUGUGGUGGGUGGGCAGGUCAGUGGGUUGCCCACUUCAGCUGCCACUGCUGUCACUGACAGCGCCUGCACAAGUCUCGGGAGCCCUGGUCUUCCAGCCGUCUCUGACCAAUUCAAGGCCCAGUUUCCUUUCGGCGGGCUGCUUGACUCUAUGCAAACGUCAGAGACCUCGAAACUGCAGCAGCUAGUGGAGAACAUCGAUAAGAAGAUGACCGACCCGAACCAGUGUGUCAUCUGCCACCGCGUGCUGAGCUGCCAGAGUGCACUGAAGAUGCACUACAGGACCCACACAGGGGAAAGGCCCUUCAAGUGUAAGAUUUGUGGCCGCGCCUUCACCACCAAAGGCAACCUGAAGACGCACUUCGGGGUACACCGCGCCAAGCCCCCACUCCGCGUGCAGCAUUCCUGCCCCAUCUGCCAGAAGAAGUUCACGAACGCCGUCGUGCUGCAACAGCAUAUCCGUAUGCACAUGGGAGGACAGAUCCCAAACACGCCACUGCCUGAGGGCCUGCAGGAGGCCAUGGACGCCGACCUGCCCUUUGAUGAAAAGAACGCAGAGACCCUCAGCAGCUUUGACGAUGACAUCGACGAGAACUCCAUGGAGGAGGACUCGGAGCUGAAGGACACGGCCAGCGACUCGUCUAAACCACUUCUGUCUUACUCGGGCUCCUGUCCGCCCUCGCCCCCGUCGGUCAUCUCCAGCAUCGCUGCCCUCGAGAACCAGAUGAAAAUGAUUGACUCGGUCAUGAACUGCCAGCAACUGGCCAACUUGAAGUCGGUGGAAAACGGGUCUGGGGAAAGCGAUCGCUUGAGCAACGACUCCUCCUCUGCGGUGGGCGACCUGGAGAGCCGCAGUGCAGGCAGCCCUGCCCUAUCGGAGUCCUCGUCCUCCCAGGCUCUGUCCCCUGCUCACAGUAAUGGUGAGAGCUUCCGGUCCAAGUCGCCAGGCCUUGGCCACCAGGAAGAUCCGCAGGAGAUCCCACUGAAGACUGAAAGGCUAGACAGCCCACCCCCCGGCCCAGGAAAUGGAGGUGCCCUGGACCUGACAGCGGGCCACCCUGGUCGGCCACUCAUCAAGGAGGAGGCCCCUUUCAGCCUGCUGUUCCUGAGCAGAGAGCGCGGUAAGUGUGCGAGCACUGUGUGUGGUGUCUGUGGCAAGCCCUUUGCUUGCAAAAGUGCGUUGGAAAUCCACUACCGCAGCCAUACCAAGGAGAGGCCGUUUGUCUGCACGGUCUGCAGGCGAGGCUGCUCCACUAUGGGUAACUUAAAGCAGCACUUACUGACACACAAGUUGAAAGAGCUGCCUUCUCAGGUGUUUGACCCCAACUUUACUCUAGGUCCCAGCCACAGCACGCCUAGCCUGGCCUCCAGCCCUGCGCCCACCAUGAUCAAAAUGGAAGUGAACGGCCACAGCAAGGCUAUCGCACUGGGUGAGGGUCCAGCGCUACCAGCCGGAGUCCAGGUCCCUACUGGGCCCCAGACAGUGAUGAGCCCUGGCCUGGCACCCAUGCUGGCACCCCCUCCACGCCGGACACCCAAGCAGCACAACUGUCAGUCAUGUGGGAAGACCUUCUCCUCAGCCAGUGCCCUGCAGAUCCAUGAGCGCACCCACACUGGGGAGAAGCCCUUUGGCUGCACCAUCUGCGGCAGGGCCUUCACCACCAAGGGCAAUCUCAAGGUACACAUGGGCACCCACAUGUGGAACAAUGCACCCGCGAGGCGUGGCCGCCGCCUGUCUGUGGAGAACCCCAUGGCUCUGCUCGGUGGCGAUGCUCUCAAGUUCUCUGAGAUGUUCCAGAAGGACCUGGCAGCUCGAGCGAUGAAUGUGGACCCCAGCUUUUGGAACCAGUACGCCGCUGCCAUCACCAACGGGCUGGCCAUGAAGAACAAUGAGAUCUCUGUCAUCCAGAACGGAGGCAUCCCUCAGCUCCCAGUAAGUCUAGGCGGAGGUGCCAUCCCGCCUUUGGGUGCCAUGGCCAGUGGGGUGGACAAGGCACGCACUGGCAGUAGUCCGCCCAUUGUCAGCUUGGACAAAGCGAGCUCAGAGACGGGAGCCAGCCGGCCAUUCGCGAGGUUCAUUGAGGAUAACAAGGAGAUUGGGAUCAAUUAGCAGGAUACACUUAAGACUCCACCCUCCUCUUCUGUCCCAAGUCCACUGCAGAGUUGGAGCGUCAGGCUUUGGACCCCACAUGCCUAGGCUCUCAUUAAUACUUAAUACCCACGACAGAAAAUAUCUGCACCGUGUGGCUGCUGCAGGGAGCCCUGGGGAGCGAGGCGCAGUACUGCAGUGGGUUUGACUCUUCUGAAGGUAAGAACUCUGCAACCUUUAAAGGAAAUCUCAGACAAAAGCUCAUGUGCUUGGAAAAAAAAAAAAAGGAAAGAAAAGAAAUGGCCUUAGGAACAGAAAGAGUCAGACCAUAUCUACUUCAUUUCUCCUAAAACCUAGUGACCCCUUUGUGUAGGGGAACGGGGUCCCCUGUGGUAAUCCCGUGAGCUGCAUUCAAUGGUUUUGUUCAAAUUCUGUAGACACUUGAACUCUGUUUUAGGGACUCUCCGUCUUGAAGAAGCAGUUCAGUGCUCCAAACGCUGUGUAUAAUGACAGUCUUUUUGUCUAUAGUAUUUAUGUUAAGAUUAUGCGGGUAACAAACAAUAAAAUAGCCCAACCUUAAAUGAAGAUUUUUGUAUCACAGAAUACAUCUGGCUAUGUGAUCUUUUUUUUUUUUUUUUUAAAGCGAGAUUUGCUUCAUUAUAAAUAAGUGGAUUAAUUCAAUGCAGGCAAAAUCGUGACGUUCUAUUGGGAAAGAUAGCAUGGUUUUUGUGUGCAAGUACCUGUCAGUAACAAUCGCCCCCCCCCCACCUUUAAUUUAAAUGUUUGUAGCUGCUAUGUGAACAAUUGUUCUCUAGUGUGGUCUGUAGCCCCGCGGUCGACUGGGAACAAGUUACAGACAAGCAUCAGCGUAAAAUGAUUUACAGCAUUAUAAACAGUUGUGAGUAAAUAUUUCACAUUAUCAAAGCUGUAUAAUAAAGAGGUAAUGUUUGUAUAAUGUGGUUGCAAAUCUUAAUUUAUACAAUUGCACUUUUAGUAUUUUGUAUUAGGGAAGUUUGUCUAUAAUUUGAAAAUUAAAAAAAAAGAUGUAAAGUAUUUUAUAAAUAGUACUUCAGUUUAAAGAAAAUGGAGGGGGAAAAAAAACCCAUGUCACAGUUUAUUGUUUUGUCUUAAAGUCAAACAUGAGAAGUCUAAGCCGUUUAAGCAGAAAAGAAGCCACCAGGACUUGUCAGCACCUCAAUAAAAUAAGACCUGCCAUUUCUUAAAUUAACAUGAUUUAUUUAACUUUUCUACAAAAACCUCUUGAAAAAACUGUGAGCAUCAUAACAAAACCCUGACAAAUGACUCUCAGUCCCUGACAUAGAAAGGCAGGGGGACAACAGAGCACACGUUGCGCAAGUGUGACUUCACCAUAGGCUCCCCUCUGUCUCUCUCACACACACGAUACGGGACUGCCUCAUAGCACUGGUCAGGGCACAAAGGAGACCGGGAUACCGAGUGUCUGGCAGUAUAAUCAGUCAUAACCAUGACAUUUCCUAAGUUCAUGAUUUAUUGUCUUUCCAAGUGCAAACGCAGUGUGGUGUCCCGAUUAUUCCAACCCCGAUCUUUUGCUGAUGACCUACCUGUCUAAACUGUAUCCACUGAGCACAGAAGCCAGAGGCUGGGAGGCAGGGUGGACUGGAAACUUGAACGUCAAGUGUUGUGUGUACUACCUCAUUUUUGUGCAUUUGCAAGCAUGCUGGGAUGUGACAUGACGGACUUCCAACAAAAAUUGCUCAAGACAUACUGUAGGUAGCUGGGUACCUCGGCAGGGAGCUGUCUGCGCUUGAAGGCCAAACCAGACAGUGUGAGACAGAAGGAUAGAGCAGUCACCUCAUACAACUUGAACCAACAGGAAAAGGCGCUGCAGGGGAAUGACUACCACAGGCCUGUGCCUGAGCAGAGAGCAUCUGGGCUCAUUAGCUGUUCCUGACUUUGGAAAUGAACACAGGUCUCUCUGGCUCUGUUUUCCAUGUAGUGAGGUAGAGCAUCUACAGGCCAUGCCAUCUCUUGCUGGUGUGGGGAUGGGAGCAGGUGCUUCAGCUUUGGGGAGAUGAGACAGGGUGGCUUAAUGUUGCCCUGCUUUAGCAGUUGAACGUCUUGUUAUUUAUCUGUGUCCUCUUGGUGUGUUUUCUCCCCCUGUCUCGGUUGGUACCAUGUUAGUGUUCUUUCUUCUCUCAAAAGGAUGUGUAUAUAACUUAAGAAAAGAGAAAUGUAAAGUGUUAUAAACGAGACGGCUGAUGAAGGUGCAGAGACCACCCCCAUUCUGUGUUCAGGGCUGGCUGUCCCUCUGCGUGGUGAAGAGAGACACUAUUUUUAUACCGCAAAAACCACGCGGGGGUGAGGGCCUCCCAGAACCAGCCAGGGUGUUCGGGAGACCCGAUAUAUUUUAUGAUUUAAAUCUUGUGGCUUGACACAUCUACUGACUGAAAUGGAUGUUGUAGACUUAGGUUACUAUUUUUGUCAUACAGAACUGAAUAAAAUGCGGGGUGUCCUAUUAUUUCUGAA